CAGUAUAAAAAGUUGAGUUGUACUUGUACCGGUAUUACUCCAUCCAUACAGUUGGUUUAACUAUGUUCUUGAAUUGUUUCAAACCAAAAAAUUGAUCCAAAUCUUUCCUUCAAAUGUACCUCCCCAUCAUCUCAAGACUCCCCAACUGGUUAUCAAACAUCAAAUACUUAUCCAAUAAUGCAAAAUGGGAACAAAUAUUUUCCCACUAUCAAGAACUUACAAGAACACAACUACCACUCCAUUUCAUGCAAGACCCUUCUUUUAUUCACCCAAUUCUAAAAGCUUGUCAAAAUCUCUCCUUUUUUACUGAUGGGUACUCAAUUCAUGCAUCUUUAAUCAAGAAUGGAAUGUUUGAAUCAUACACUUCUGUUCAGAACUCAAUAAUGGACUUUUAUGUUAAAGCUAGAAACUUUGAGUUUGCUUUAGCUAUUUUUGAUGAAAUGAAGAUUAAAGAUUCUGUUUCUUGGAAUGUUGUGAUUAAUGGGAGCUUUAAUCAAGAUGGGAUUUUGAGUAAUGGGUUGUUUUUGUUUAGUAAAGCUGUUGGGACAGGAAUGUUUGAGCCUAAUGUUGCUAAUUUAGUGCUUGUUAUACAAGAAUGUAGGAAUGUUUAUGAAGGGUUGAUUAUACAUUGUUAUGUGAUUAAGAGGGGUUUUUGUAGUGUUUCUUCAGUGCAGAACUCACUCUUGAGAUUUUAUGUGGUGGAUCAUGGAGUUAAGGUUGCGCGACUGUUGUUCGAUGAAAUGAGUGAUAGAGAUGUUGUUUCUUGGAGUGUGAUGAUUGGAGGGUAUGCUCAAAAUGGUGAAAGUCAGGUGGCUUUGGGAUUGUUUCGAGAGAUGGUUUGGGAGAGUCAGAAUGAUGUUGAUGCACAGAUAAUGGUUAGUGUACUUCAGGCUUGCAUUAGUUUAAGGAAUUUUAGAGUUGGUAGUUUGUAUCAUGGAUUUGUACUUUGUAAAGGCUUGAAUUUUGAUUUGUUUGUAGGGAAUUCUUUAAUUGACAUGUACUCAAAGUAUGGUGAUCUGGACUCAGCUCUAGAAGUUUUUAGGGAGAUGCCACAGAGGAACCUUGUAUCCUGGAAUUCUAUGUUAUCAGGCUUUGUACAUAAUAAGAAGUAUGUUGAAGCUAUUUCUCUGUUUUGUUCAAUGUCAGAGGAGGAUAUUCAGGUUGAUGAAGUGACUGUCGUAAAUCUUUUACAAAUCUGCAAGCAUCUUCUAGAUCCAUACUAUUGCCAGUCCAUUCACUGUGCAGUAAUACGGAGAGGCUAUGAAUUGAACAAGUUAGUGGCGAAUUCAUUAAUUGAUGUAUACUCGAAGUGUAAUCUUAUUACCCAUGCAUGGUUAUUGUUCAGUCUGGUGAAAGAUCAGGAUACGGUUACAUGGAGCACAAUGAUUGCAGGGUUUACCCAUUGUGGCUUGCCUGAGGAGGCCAUUGCUGUGUUCAAGGAGAUGAAUUUUGUAAGAGCCACUCCAAAUACCAUUACUAUGGUAAAUCUGAUGGAGGCUUGUUCAAGUUCUGGUGAACUCAACAUAUCCAAGUGGGCUCAUGCCGUUGCAAUAAGAAGAUGCUUGGCAUCAGAAGUGGUGGUCGGGACUGCGAUUCUUGACAUGUAUGCUAAAUGUGGGGCAAUAGAUACCUCAAGGAAGGUCUUUAACCAAAUUUCUCAAAAGAAUAUUGUGACAUGGAGUGCUAUGAUCGCAGCAUAUGGCAUGAAUGGUCUUGCACAUAAUUCCUUAACUUUGUUUCAAGAAAUGAAGUCGCAGGGUUUAAAGCCUAAUGAAGUAACAACACUCUCCAUAUUAUCAGCAUGCAGCCAUGGGGGUCUGGUCGAGGAAGGUAUCUCUUUGUUUAGAGAAUUGGUUCAAGAUCAUGACAUUGAUUUGAGGUUAGAACAUUAUUCCUGCAUGGUUGACUUGUUAGGUCGGUCUGGAAGGCUAGAUAGGGCAGUAGAUCUAAUGGAGACAAUGUCCGACACAUUGGAACCUGGUGCCAGUGCAUGGGGAGCAAUGUUGAGUGCUUGUCGAAGGUAUGGUAAUAGUGAGCUUGGUAUACAAGCUGUUUCUCAAGUACUUCAACUGGAACCAUCAAAUUCAUCAGUGUAUAUCCUUGCAUCUAACAUGUUUGCUGCGAAGGGACUGUGGAAUGAUGCAGCAAGGAUGAGAUUGUUAGUGAAGGAAAAGGGAGUUAAGGUCGAGGCUGGUUAUAGCUUAAUACAUGUUAAAAGUAAAGCAGAGAAAUUUGUUGCAGGAGGUACGCGUCAUCUAUUGUCUCAUAAGAUAUGCUAUGUUGUUGAGCAGUUGCACGAGUUUAUGCAAUUAGACAAUGUAGAUGACAAUAUCUUUCUGUGUAUGUAAAAGGUGUGAAGCAUCCACCCCGAAAGUCAUAAUAUUUAUAGUUACACACUUGUUUUUCAUACAAAGGUUGUUUCAAAAUUUGAACCCUAAUCUAACAGAUGCAACCCUAGCUGACAUAUAUUCUUAAUUCUUGACAUACUAUGCAGUAGAAUCU